CUAACAGUUAGCCUCAGCCGGGUCAGCCUUUUAUAACCACAGCCGGUUCCCCGUAGCGUGAAACGUGGCGUGUCACAUAACGGGGCUACCCCUGUUACGUGAGCUAGAGCUGUGGGCGACUGACCGGAUGAAACGAUGAGUUCAAUCUAACACAUGUCCUUAUCUGUAUUCGGUGUUAGCCAGACUUGGCAGCUUCCCGAGCUCUCCCAUUUAGCCAGGCCGAACUGUGGUAUGGCCAGUGUCGAGCAGGUUGCAGCAGUCGGACAGGUUCUGGUGGACCCAGGACUGGACCUGACACGGCGAUUCAGAGCCUUAUUCACCCUGAAGAACCUGGGAGGUGCUGAAGCUAUAGAAUGGAUCAGUAAGGCCUUCACUGAUGAGUCUGCCCUGCUGAAGCAUGAGCUCGCCUACUGCCUGGGACAGAUGCAGGACAGACAGGCCAUACCCACUUUGACUGCUGUUCUCAAAGACACACAGCAAGAACCAAUGGUUAGGCAUGAAGCAGGGGAGGCUCUGGGAGCAAUUGGUGAUCCUGUGGUUCUGGACCUACUGAAAGAGUACAGUCAGGAUCCUGUCAUUGAGGUUGCAGAAACGUGUCAGUUGGCUGUUCGUCGGUUGGAGUGGCUGCAGAGUGGAGGAGAGAAACAGUUGGAAGAUGGAAGUACAGAUAAGAACCCCUACUGCUCUGUAGAUCCGGCCCCUCCAGCAGUGAGCAAGAGUGUGUCAGAGCUGCGCUCCAUCCUGUUGGAUGAGAGUCUGCCACUCUUUGAACGCUACCGCGCUAUGUUUGCCCUGCGUAACCUGGGCAAUGAGGAGGCUGUCCUGGCACUGGGAGAUGGCCUGCAGUGCUCGAGUGCUCUGUUCCGUCAUGAGAUCGGGUAUGUCCUGGGUCAGAUACAGCAUCCGGCAGCAGUCCCAGCCCUGUGUGCAGCUCUGGAGCAUUGCGGUGAGAACCCCAUGGUCCGGCAUGAGGCGGCAGAGGCUCUUGGCUCGAUCGGGAAAGAAGACUGUCUGGCUGUGCUGCAGCGUUAUCGUGGAGACAGAGAACGUGUUGUCAAGGAGAGUUGUGUGGUUGCUCUGGAUAUGCUGGAGUAUGAAAACAGUGACCAGUUCCAGUAUGCAGAUGAACUGGUCAGGUUACAGGGUUAAAGGUCAAUGCAACGACUACUGUUGCUUUCACUCAAAUCUUUUUUUUUUUUUUAAACUUUUUCUCUCUGUACUAUUUUAAUACCUUAUACAGCAGAGACACCUGGACAACUCAAUGCUAUGUCUAUAAAACUACUGGAUUCUCUGGGAUGAAGCUUAACAGUAUGAAGACACACUGCACAUAAAAUCAAAAAUGAAACUGUAAAAGCUCCAACAAACCAGUCGGGAGUUGGCGGGCUGCAAGAGCGAGCUCCUAGCUGUGUGGUGCAUGGAUGUUGCUGCGUAGAGGGACAAGGAAGAGCAGAGUCCUCUGUGUUAUUUCCCCCUCCAAAAUACCACUGCUUUCACAUGCAGCAAAUUGCUGCAAUAGUGGGGGUUUCUUGUUGUGUUUUUUU